AUGAGAGAGAUUAUCCAUAUUUCAGCUGGUCAAUGUGGUAAUCAGAUUGGUGCUGCCUUUUGGGAGACUAUUUGUGGGGAACAUGGUCUUGAUUAUAACGGUAACUACCAUGGUACUGAUGACAUACAAAAGGCACGUUUAGGAGUAUACUUCAACGAAGCUUCCUCAGGAAAAUGGGUACCUAGGUCUGUAAAUGUUGAUUUGGAGCCGGGUACAAUUGACGCUGUACGCAAUUCGUCAAUAGGAAAUUUGUUUAGACCUGACAACUAUAUUUUUGGACAGAGCUCCGCAGGUAAUGUUUGGGCAAAGGGUCAUUACACAGAAGGUGCCGAAUUGGUCGAUUCUGUCAUGGACGUUAUUAGACGUGAAGCCGAGGGCUGUGAUUCCUUACAAGGGUUCCAAAUCACACAUUCUUUAGGUGGUGGAACUGGUUCAGGUAUGGGUACUCUUUUGAUCUCCAAAAUUCGUGAAGAAUUCCCUGAUAGAAUGAUGGCUACUUUUUCUGUUGUGCCAUCUCCAAAAACUUCAGACACUGUUGUGGAACCAUAUAAUGCUACUCUUUCUGUACAUCAAUUGGUCGAGCACUCAGAUGAAACAUUUUGUAUCGAUAAUGAAGCACUUUAUGAUAUAUGUCAAAGAACUUUGAAACUAAACCAACCUUCCUACGGCGAUUUAAACAAUCUAGUCUCAAGUGUCAUGUCGGGGGUAACAACAUCGUUACGUUACCCAGGUCAAUUAAAUUCCGAUUUAAGAAAAUUGGCGGUGAAUUUAGUUCCAUUCCCAAGAUUACAUUUUUUCAUGGUUGGUUAUGCUCCAUUAACAGCACUUCGCUCACAAUCGUUUAGAUCUUUGACUGUUCCGGAGUUGACUCAGCAAAUGUUUGAUGCUAAAAAUAUGAUGGCUGCGUCAGAUCCAAGAAACGGAAGAUAUUUAACAGUUGCAGCAUUCUUUCGUGGUAAGGUCUCCGUCAAAGAAGUUGAAGAUGAAAUGCAUAAAGUUCAAACAAGAAAUUCAUCAUACUUUGUUGAGUGGAUUCCAAAUAAUGUUCAAACAGCUGUUUGCUCGGUAGCUCCAAAAGGUUUAGAUAUGUCUGCCACUUUUAUUGGUAACUCUACUUCCAUUCAAGAACUAUUCAAAAGAGUUAGUGAUCAAUUCAGUGCAAUGUUCAAAAGAAAGGCAUUUUUACAUUGGUAUACAAGUGAAGGUAUGGAUGAAAUGGAAUUUUCAGAAGCCGAAUCUAAUAUGAAUGAUUUGGUAAGUGAAUAUCAACAAUAUCAAGAAGCAACAGUUGAAGAUGAUGAUAAUGUGGAUUAUGUAACUGAAGAUCAACCAAUUGCAGAAAAUUUUGAAUAA